CACACACUUGCUCUUUUCUCUCUUGAUGAUUUGUCUUUGCUUUUGUGAGUCUGCAAGUUUGUCUCUUUCCUUCCCUAAAGCCCAUUGAGGAAGCACCACAAAUGCAGGGAUUUGAAGGUCUGUGAGGUCCCUUUAAUGAGUUUUAUUCGAGUUGAGUUGCUUUUGGAGUUGCAGGGGUUUCGAGUAUAUCUUAAUGGCUGGUGGCUUUCCAAGGGAGGAAAGUAAGUACAGAUGAGACCAGAACCCUGCUUUUCUUCUCAGAUGGAUGGCUUUUAUUGGAGCUCUCUUUCUUCCUUAGUUAAACAUGGAAGGAAAUCACAGGUAUAGUUUUAAUGGUGCAAUAUGACCACCAGCGAAAGGAAGAUAAGCAACGGAAAGAGUUAUAACCUCUUGAAUACACUACCUGCCAGAAUUAAAGUUAGCUUGCAUCAGAGAGAGAGUCCAGGGGAAAGGAAGAAAAUACCAGAGAAAGAGAGAGGAGGGAAGAGAGGAGCAGAGAAGAUGCCAACAGUCUGGUUUGCUCUAAAGAAGUCCCUCCACUGCAAAUCUGGGCCAUCUGAUGUCCAUGAUCCAAAGGCCAGGGGGCAGUUGGGAGCCAUUUUGACAAAGAGAACAGGGAGGUCUGGGUGCUCGAGAUCUAUAGCCAACCUCAAGGAUGUCAUCCAUGGGAGCAAAAGGCACCUCGAGAAGCCACCAAGCUGCAGCCCAAGGUCCAUUGGGAGCAACGAGUUCAUGAAUCCAAUCACCCAUGAGGUCAUACUUAGCAACUCCCGGUGUGAGCUCAAGAUAACUGGUUUUGGGGGCUGCCAUGAGGGGGAGGCUGAGGUUAGCUCAACAUAUGUGGGUACUCUUAGGCCAGGGACCCCAGGGCCGGGGGGACAGUUUGGCCUCCAGUACAACCCUUCCUUCAGGGGAGCCAGCAACACCCCUCCAAGGAGGUCACCCGGUUUGUUUGGUGACAAGGAGGUGUAUGGCUUUGGGGGCUCAUCUCUUUCCAGUGCUGUGUUUGGUAAUGGUGGUGGUGGAGUUCGCCAUGCUUCCUCAAGUCCUAGGGCCUCUCAUGAGCCAGGGUCACACGUAUCCCCUGCUAAUAUCAUCUGCCAUAAGUGUAGGGAGCAGUUUGGGAAGUUGGAAGGCUUGGAAGCACACCAUCUCUCCAAGCAUGCAGUCACUGAACUUGUGGAAGGAGACUCCUCUAGAAAGAUAGUUGAAUUGAUAUGUAGAACAAGCUUGGUAAAGUCUGAGAGCAGUUGUUGGAGGAUAGACAGAGUCCUGAAGGUCCAUAACAUGCAAAAAACACUUUCUCGAUUCGAAGAAUACCGGGAAAUGGUGAAGACUAGAGCCAGCAAACUCCCCAAGAAGCACCCCCGUUGCCUGGCCGAUGGCAAUGAACUGCUAAGAUUCUACGGCACCACAAUUGCCUGCUCUCUUGGCAUGAAUGGCACUUCGAGCCUUUGUGCAUCAGAGAAGUGCAGCGUAUGCUGGAUUAUAAGGCAUGGAUUCUCCAUCAAGAAGGAAUUGAAUGAAGGAAUUGGAGUGUUUACGACUUCCACUAGUGGGAGAGCAUUUGAAUCUAUUGAAAUAUAUGAAGAUGAGCCAUCAAUAAAGAAGGCAUUGCUGGUUUGUAGAGUGAUAGCAGGCAGGGUUCACAAGCCAUUGGAUAACUUCCAAGAGUUAGCCGGACAGUCUGGGUUCGACUCCUUGGCUGGAAAAGUGGGCCUGUAUGCUAACAUUGAGGAGCUCUAUUUGCUUAAUCCGCGAGCUCUUCUACCUUGUUUUGUGGUAAUUUGUAAAUCCUGAAGAAAUUUACCUUUCUGUAUUGGGCUACAUCUUUGAGUAGUCUGAAAUGCUUUCAA